AUGUCAGCCAUGGAGACGCAAAGUCAGCAGCCCGUUGCGCCUCCCAAAGCAGCAGGGCUGAACAAUAUUCUCAACAAUGAUGACCAACCUUCACACAACGGACCGCCUCUGCAGCUCCGGGACUCUGGCUUCUACUCGACAGCUGAGGCAUCCAGCAAACAUACAUCCGCUGCCUCCUUCAAUGUGAAUGGACUCAGUCCGGCAGGUUCUGGCUACCAAUCGUCGCUCGCAGAUAAAACCCCCUCUCCAGUCGCCACAAACUUGGUCCCUCAAGCCCUUGUUUCGCCCUCAGCGAGCAACAUGAGCGUUGCCUCCAUGGUUUCGCCCACAUCGCCAACCAGCGACCGAAGAUUCGAUCGACCGACAUCAAUUGAAUCCCAGGGACAGAAUGGCGCAACUCUCGGGGAGAAUCUCGCUGCUGGCGGCGGUCCAAGGCGCGAGAGUGUCGAUAGCAGAAUUAACCAGGGCAUCAGCGAUAUGCGCCUGGGGUCGUCGCCCUACGCUAGCAACAAUCAGUCCACCAGCUCCAUCCAAAAUACUCUGCAUUCACAACGGAACCCUCGACCUGGUCUGGAAGCCCUAUCCGUACACAGAAUUUCCAAUGGCUAUCAACCCAGCGCGGAACGCAACCCUGUUGAGCCCAAGGUCAUCAAGACUGCCCCUGCGAUUACUGGCCCUGCAACUGGACACAUUGCCAGAGCUGCCGAGCCGACCAAGGGUCAAGCAUGGGCGUUUCCCGAAGAAGAGAUCCAGCGGGUUGGACCGCCUGUUCACUACGAUGACUCUCGCCGUAGCAGCAUCACCGAGUCCAUUGCGAGCAGCCAAUUCACCACCGAAUCAAGAUUACCUCCUGGCCAACGGAGACUCGAGGAUGGCGCCGAGUAUGCUCGCAUGUCGACCGCCUCCAACGACUUCCCCCCUGUCCACCACCAUACCAUGCAACACAAGCAGUUGAGCGAUCUUCAGGCCGAAGAAGGCUCUGGCCCCCCCGGGUCUCAGCCAUAUAGCCGCACCCCUGAGCUGAGAGUAAGUCACAAGCUCGCCGAACGCAAGCGCCGUACAGAAAUGAAGGAGCUGUUUGAUCAAUUAAGAGACUUGAUGCCGCAAGAACGUGGAUCAAAGGCAUCAAAAUGGGAAAUUUUGACAAAGGCCAUUGCUGAACACCAGCGGCAAAAUGACCACAUUCGCGCCCUUCAGUCCCACUACAACACGGCCGCGUCAGAGAAUGAACUGCUGCGGCGUGAAUUACAGACCCUUCGCAUGGAACUUGGCCCAACCGGUGGUGCUGCCCAACAACAAGGACCUCCUCCCCCACCACCUUCACAGAGCUCACAGCCGCCUCCGGCAUCAUAUGGCGCCGACCCGUAUUCCAAUGCCAACAGAACCGAAUUGCCACCACUGCGAUCCCUUCACAACGGACCAGAGUCCAUGACUGGAGUCCAAUACGAUGCCCCUCGGGUCAAUGGCUAUCGACAGGAACGAUACUAG